AGGCCGCAGGCUCAUCCUCACAGCACCUGUGGCUGCUCCUGACUCAGAGCUUGGGCACUGUGAUCCUCUCGCCAUGCAGAUGAAGAAACUCAGCCCACUGGAUAUCAACCUUUUAUUUUAGUCAGCACAGAAAGCUCUUUCACAAUGUCAUACAGACGAGAACUAGAGAAAUACCGUGACCUGGAUGAAGAUGAAAUCCUUGGAGCCCUAACAGAAGAAGAGCUGAGGACCCUGGAGAAUGAGCUGGAUGAGCUGGACCCUGAUAACGCACUGCUGCCCGCGGGCCUGAGGCAGAAGGAUCAGACCACCAAGGCGCCCACAGGCCCCUUUAGAAGGGAGGAGCUCUUGGAUCACUUGGAAAAGCAAGCAAAGGAGUUUAAGGACCGAGAAGAUCUGGUCCCCUACACGGGGGAGAAGCGAGGAAAGGUCUGGGUCCCCAAGCAGAAGCCGAUGGACCCCGUGCUGGAAAGUGUGACGUUGGAGCCGGAGCUGGAGGAGGCCCUGGCCAAUGCCUCGGAUGCGGAGCUCUGCGACAUCGCAGCUAUCCUCGGCAUGCACACGCUUAUGAGCAACCAGCAGUACUACCAGGCCUUGGGCAGCAGCGCCAUCGUGAACAAGGAGGGACUCAACAGUGUGAUCAAACCUACACAGUACAAGCCUGUGCCCGACGAAGAACCAAAUGCCACGGACGUGGAGGAAACCCUGGAGAGGAUAAAGAACAACGACCCGAAACUUGAAGAGGUCAACCUCAACAACAUCCGGAACAUCCCCAUACCCACUCUCAAGGCGUAUGCAGAAGCCCUCAAAGAGAACGCGUACGUGAAGAAGUUCAGCAUAGUGGGAACACGAAGCAAUGACCCUGUGGCAUUUGCGCUUGCCGAGAUGCUCAAGGUGAAUAAGGCAUUGAAGACGCUGAACGUGGAAUCCAACUUCAUUUCCGGAGCCGGGAUCCUGCGCUUGGUGGAAGCACUUCCGUUCAACACUUCUCUGGUGGAACUGAAGAUCGAUAACCAGAGCCAGCCUUUGGGCAACAAAGUGGAAAUGGAGAUUGUGAGCAUGUUGGAAAAAAACGCUACGCUCCUCAAAUUCGGCUACCACUUCACCCAGCAGGGACCCCGGCUGCGGGCGUCCAACGCCAUGAUGAGCAACAACGACCUUGUGAGGAAGAGGCGGCUGGCAGACCUGACCGGGCCCAUCAUCCCCAAGUGCCGGAGCGGCGUCUAGCGUGUGCGGGCGCCGACCACGCCUUUGAACUGGACGUGUUCUGCUGAUAAGCCCUGCUCUGCGGUGGGAGCCGGAAGGCAGAGUGCAGCGCAGACCCUGCUGUGGUUCAGUUCUUCAUGCACUAAGGUUUUAGGUUAGCUAGUGGUUGUAGCUGAAAACUUUAUAAACCAUGGUUAAUGUGAAGUUUUUCUUUAGUCACAGAAAUUCAGUCUGUUUAUUAUUUAAAAACUAAGAGGCCCCUGAACCGGCAGAUCUUACUGAAGACGAUGUUAGAGCAGCACUGACUUAGCCCUGGAAGUCCAGUCUCAGUGACCUAGGAGUGUGGUGUUUCAGGUGUAUUUUAAAUGUGUAACACGAACAAACAGCACCCUCUUCCACAUGGUUGAAAAGCAUUACAAUUAUUACAGAUUUGAUCUUAGCUCUUUAACAAACAGGUCAUCAUUCUUUAUUAAUUCUCCUUUAAAUUUUAAGAACCUCAAGAUUAAAGUUGCUAAAUUGAUUUCUGGGUCAAAAACAGUUUUUUGUUUUGUUUUGUUUUUUUUCACCUCAAGAAAGACAAGCCCACAGAGCUCUGCCAGCAAUCAAAGAACGAUCCUUUUGCUGGUUACCAGGAAAUGACAGAAAAAGCCAGUAAUGAAAAUUCAAAUUUUAAAAUCAUCCUUUUUUAAAAAAACAAAAACCAAUUCCAGGCAACAAGCAUUUCCCUGGAUGUUCUUUAUCAACAUCUGGGAUUUAUUUACAACACUGGAGUCAGAAAGAAUUGUUUCCUUACUGAAUGCCAACCACACAGUGGAUGUGAGAACCUCUGGCCAAAUACUUGAGAGCACUCAUAAUUGCAGUCAGUAGUGGGCCAAUGCCUUAUGUGAGGUAAAUCAUUAUCAAGAUGAAUUUCCAGUCCAUCAUGGCUUAUGCUUACAGACUUCAGCCACCCUGUCACAUCACUUACUAGACAAGUCACCACUGAUCUCGCCUGUAAAUGAAACCUCUAAAGGGCAAUGGUGAAGAAAAUCUAGAUAUUGAAGAAUUAGGAAACCUGGCCAAACCACCCAGGAGGGUGAAUUCUGAAAAUGUAAUUUUGGCAUCUCCGCCAGACCCCUCUUUAACAUCACGUGCCUCCUGGGAUCCAGCAAAAAGGCUAAGCCACACUGCCCUUGUGCCUUUUACUAUGCCACAGUGCCAGUUAAACUAGUAUUUCUGUUGCUUGGGGAGUUCUUUUCAUGAGUGAUUCAGCAAAUCUUACAACAAAGGAGAGGCCAAAGAGCAGACGAACACAGACUUAAGCUGCGGAGCACGGAGCAGAGGCUUUUGAUGAAAAAGUCUCGCACACGGACUGUAACUUUAACGAUGUGGACAGGACAGGGCAACCAGAGACGGAGCCAGGGCCUCCCCUCCACGGAGGGGCGUCUACGGAGGCUGCAGACGGGCCCAGGGCUGGCUCCGUGCAGCAGGCACGGCCAGCCCCACUCGGCUUCUCCUUGAAACACAGUUGCAGCUGUAUUCUGCAUCACUGGAAACUGCAAUAUAACAUUAAAUCUGUUGGUCUGUG